CCCCGGCGGCCGCCCGUCCUCAUGAUGGCCUCGACCACCUGCACACGCUUCACCGACGAGUACCAGCUCUUCGAGGAGCUCGGAAAAGGGGCGUUCUCCGUCGUGAGGAGGUGUAUGAAAAUCACCACAGGACAAGAGUACGCUGCCAAAAUUAUCAACACCAAAAAGCUUUCAGCUAGGGAUCACCAGAAACUGGAAAGAGAAGCUAGAAUCUGUCGCCUCCUGAAGCAUCCUAAUAUCGUGCGGCUCCAUGACAGCAUAUCAGAAGAAGGAUUCCAUUACUUAGUCUUUGACUUAGUCACUGGAGGUGAAUUGUUUGAAGAUAUAGUUGCAAGAGAGUAUUAUAGUGAAGCAGAUGCCAGUCAUUGCAUUCAGCAGAUCCUGGAGGCCGUGCUGCACUGCCAUCAGAUGGGCGUGGUCCAUCGCGACCUCAAGCCUGAGAACUUACUUCUAGCUAGCAAAUCCAAGGGAGCAGCAGUAAAACUGGCAGACUUUGGAUUGGCUAUAGAAGUCCAGGGAGAACAACAGGCUUGGUUUGGCUUUGCUGGUACUCCAGGAUACCUUUCUCCAGAAGUGUUACGAAAAGAUCCUUAUGGAAAACCUGUGGAUAUGUGGGCAUGUGGAGUCAUUCUGUACAUCCUCCUGGUGGGAUACCCUCCCUUCUGGGAUGAAGACCAGCACAGGCUGUACCAGCAGAUCAAGGCUGGUGCUUAUGAUUUCCCCUCACCAGAAUGGGACACAGUGACUCCUGAAGCAAAAGACCUUAUCAAUAAAAUGCUCACCAUCAACCCAGCGAAACGUAUCACAGCAUCGGAAGCACUAAAGCACCCAUGGAUCUGUCAACGUUCUACUGUUGCCUCUAUGAUGCACAGACAAGAGACUGUAGAUUGCUUGAAGAAAUUCAAUGCAAGAAGAAAACUAAAGGGGGCCAUUUUGACAACAAUGCUGGCUACCAGAAAUUUCUCAGCAGCCAAGAGUUUACUGAAAAAGCCGGAUGGAGUUAAGAUAAACAACAAAACCAACGUGGUAACCAGCCCCAAGGAAAAUAUUCCUACCCCGGCGCUGGAGCCCCAAACUACAGUAAUCCACAACCCUGAUGGAAAUAAGGAAUCAACAGAGAGUUCCAACACGACCAUCGAAGAUGAGGAUGUGAAAGCUCGUAAGCAGGAGAUUAUCAAGGUGACCGAGCAGUUGAUUGAAGCCAUCAACAAUGGGGACUUCGAAGCUUACACAAAAAUCUGUGACCCAGGCCUUACGUCUUUUGAACCUGAAGCUUUGGGUAAUCUGGUAGAAGGGAUGGACUUCCACCGGUUUUACUUCGAAAAUGCUCUGUCCAAGGCUAACACCAAGCCGAUCCACACGAUCAUCCUGAACCCGCACGUGCACCUGGUGGGCGAGGACGCGGCGUGCAUCGCCUACAUCCGCCUGACGCAGUACAUGGACGGCAGCGGCAUGCCAAAGACUAUGCAGUCCGAGGAGACGCGCGUCUGGCACCGGCGCGACGGCAAGUGGCAGAACGUGCACUUCCACCGCUCGGGCUCGCCCACCGUACCCAUCAAUGCCUAGCGCAGAGGGAUCCCACCAUGGCUCCAGCCCCUAGAUGCUACGCUAAAAAUAUCAGCGGUGCCGCUCUUGCAUUUUCUGUACCCAACGCACCUGGUUGAUUACCAUCUUGGCCAUCCCGUUCUCUUCAUGCAUGUUUCUGAGUGCAUGAAGUUGUGAAGGUUCUUCAUGUAACACAUUUGUGAUGCACCACGUUGCUGUAUAUUCCAUCUGUACACUGUUAACAUUUCAAUGAAGGUGAUGUUCCUUGCAAAUAGAGAAUAACAAGGCGUAAAAGACAAAAAGAGGUAUUGGAUGGACAGCAGUAGACACACAAUACAUUUGUCACUUGCUCCAUUUAUGCCAAGUUUUGACAGACAACUUUAAAAUCUAUCAUGUUUAUUAAAAAAAAAAAAAAAAGAAAGAAAAAAAAAAGGAAAAGUAUAUUUUACCUUCUUUUUUUAAGAACUGGUUUUUGACUCCUCCCUUUCUCCUGAGUCCCAGGAUUUUGCUUUGGUUCUGGUAGGAAUGGUUAGGAUUUCUGCUGGCAGCUCCAUUACUGUAAAACAGAUUUUUAUCGUAGAUGGACAAAAUCACCGAUAAAUGUCAAAGUGUUAAUAUCUUGGCUUUGGACCAGCUGCAGCCUUCUUAGUUUAUUAGUCUAUGUAAACUGGAAAAAUCUCCUAAUUUGCUGGCUUGGCCACUCCAGAAUUAACUGUCAGUAUUCUGGUGAGUCAGCAGCUUCUGUUUUCCUUUUGAGUCCUUUUCGCUUUCUUAUUUUGCUUAACUAAAAGGUUCUGUUGGAUGAUAAAGCAAAAUUAAAAGUUGUGAAGAACUAAGUGAUAAUUGCAAGGCAGUUUUUGAGGAUUAAAAUGGAAGGAAAGAAAAAGAUUUUUUUAUCGCUUUUAGGGUGUACUGUAAAUUUUUUAAGGAGGCUUUAAAAAAUAUAAUAUGUGGGUUAAUGUAUAGACCAUUUGUGUGGAUAAUAUACUCGAGAAAUAUUAGGCCUUAAAGCUAAGUAUGAAGAGUUUACUUACAUUACGCUGCUGCUGUUGCUUCUCUGGAAAUGAAUUACGGAGACACCAGUUUUCCGUGGGACCCUAACACUUCACCACAGGUUUGUGUCUCCCCUGUUCCCCUCAAUCUGCUCUUGGUUUCUCGUGCUCCCCUGGCAGCGUUCGGCGUCGAGGCGGGCAAUCCGCAGGGCGAUCCUGGCAGGUUUGUCCCGGCUGCGGGCCCAGGGAGGAGCGCUGCGCUGGCAGCGCAGAACGCAAACUCUGCAACACGAACUAGUUUUCCUUCCCUCACAUUGCUGUACAAAUACACCCCUGCAAGAAUUGCGGUUUCUUCCCUUCCACUGUUCCAGGAAAGGCCAGGCUGGGCUGCUCCUGUUCUCCCCGGGGUUCUGUUAGCAGCAGGCUCCUGCUCCCUGCAGCGCUGUACAGUGCAUGGUAUCUCCGUCAGUGUCCUUUUUAGCCGUCCAAAAUUUACAACUCGGCAGCCAGAACUUUUUAAAAUGGGAAAGCUUCCUAAUUCGUGUCAUUUCACCUUUCUGUGUUGGUUACUAAUCAGAAGCAGUUCUUAAACAUGUUGAUGUUGUUACUAGUGGAUGUAUGGUAGAUGGACUUAAGCUUCUCUGACAAUUACUACAUGAUUUUAAACAACAUAUAUUUAAAGUAAGCAUCUACAAUAAAUGUGUUGAGCCAUAUUAACCUGCCAACGGGAUCUGUGAAAAAAAAAAGUAAUGGCCUCAUUUUUUUUUCUCAUAAAUUGCUUUUCUUUUUUUUUCUUUUUUCUUUUUUUUUUUUUUUUGUGAAGCGGCUAUAAGUGGCAUAACUGUACUUAAAAUUAAUGAAUUAGGUGUAGGGUGUUUUUUUUAUACUUCUAACAUAGCAUGUGGUGUUGAUGUAUUACUGUAGACCAAGUUUGUCUUCCACACCAAGACGUGAGGAAAUUGUGAUUUGUUCUCUCCACCACAACUGAAUUAUACACUUCUGUCAUUUUGGAACACUGCAGUUUACCAUGGGACACAGUGUACAUAUUUCUUGCCAUAAUGGUAAAUGAUUGAUAUAUUUAAGGAUUAAUAAAUUUGUGAUUUCUGCUGA